GGGGCUCGCACCCGGGCCCCCGGCUCCGCGGCAGGAGCUGCCGCAGGUCUCGCGGCAGGCGAGCGGCGAGGGCGAGCUCUCCGGCCAUGGCCGCGCCCGGCGCCCCGGCCGAGUGCGGCUACAUCCGGACCGUCCUGGGCCAGCAGAUCCUGGGGCAGCUGGACAGCUCCAGCCUGGCGCUGCCCUCCGAGGCCAAGCUGAUGCUGGCGGGGAGCGGCGGCCGCGGCGGCCAGGCGGCCAAGAGCCUGCGCAUCCAGGAGCAGGUGGAGCAGACCCUGGCCCGGAAGGGCCGCGGCUUCGUGGGCAACGGGAAUCUUCACCGAACCAGCAGUGUUCCUGAGUAUGUCUACAAUGUACACUUGGUCGAAAAUGAUUUUCUUGGUGGUCGUUCCCCUGUUCCCAAGACCUAUGACAUGCUAAAGACAGGCACAGCUGCCACUUGUGAAAGUCGCUGGGGAAGAGGAACUGCCCAGUACAGCUCACAGAAGUCCAUGGAAGAGAGGUCCUUGAGGCAGCCUCUGAGGAGACUUGAGAUUUCUCCAGACAGCAGCCCUGAGAGGGUCUACUCCUCACACAGCGACUCCCAGUACAGCCAGAGGGGCCAGGCCGGGCACACCCUGUGGCACCAAGAGAGCAGGAGAUCGACCCUCCUCCUGCCCCCUAGAUAUGCCCGCUCGGAGAUUGUCGGCUUCAGCCACUCCGGAGCCCUGAGCAGACAGCGCCACUAUGACACUUACCGCAGACAGUACCAGUGCAGGUCUGUCAACGACACCAUUCCCAAUGGCGUCUCUGUCAAGCCAGUGGUGCUCACGUACCCCAGGCCUGGGACCAGCCACAGCAUGGGCAACCUCUUGGAGAAGGAGAACUACCUGACCUCAGGGCUUCCCGCUGGGCAGGUCAGGCCGCUGGCCCCCCUGCAGCCCGUCACUCAGAACAGGGCGGCCUGGUCCUGCUGGCAUCAGAGCUCUUUCCACAGCACCCGCACGGCCAGGGAAGCCGGGCCCAGUGCCACGGCGGACUCGGGCAGGAGGAGGCUGCACAUGACCGCUGGCCAAGCAGCAGCAGGAGGAAGUGGGAAUAUGCUCGUGGAGAGAAGCACUUGCGCCGACCCCCAGCUCGGGAAUGCAGACACGGAGAUGACUCUGGAGCGGGCAGUGAGCAUGCUCGAUGGAGACCACACGCCGCCGCCCAGGAUCUCGGCUGCAGCAACUUUCAUACAACAUGAAUGCUUCCAGAAAUCCGAGGCACGGAAAAGGGUCAGCCAGCUUCGUGGCAUCCCCAAGCUUCUGCAGCUCCUGAAAGUUCAGAAUGAAGACGUCCAGCGCGCCGUGUGUGGGGCCUUGAGAAACCUGGUAUUUGAGGACAAUGACAACAAGCUGGAAGUAGCUGAACUCAAUGGGGUGCCUCGGCUGCUGCAGGUGCUGAAGCAAACCAGAGAUUUGGAGACUAAAAAGCAAAUAACAGGUUUACUGUGGAAUUUGUCCUCUAAUGACAAACUCAAGAAUCUCAUGGUAACAGAAGCCUUGCUUACCCUGACGGAGAAUAUCAUCAUACCCUUCUCGGGGUGGCCGGAAGGAGACUACCCCAAAGCAAACGGUUUGCUCGAUUUUGAUAUAUUCUACAACGUCACAGGAUGCCUACGCAACAUGAGUUCAGCUGGUCCUGAUGGGAGGAAAGUGAUGAGAAGAUGUGACGGGCUGAUCGACUCACUGGUCCAUUAUGUAAGAGGAACCAUUGCAGAUUACCAGCCAGACGACAAGGCCACAGAGAACUGUGUGUGCGUUCUCCAUAACCUCUCCUACCAGCUGGAGGCAGAGCUCCCAGAGAGAUACUCCCAGAGCAUCUAUAUUCAAAACCGGAAUAUCCAGACCGACAACCACAAAAAUAUUGGGUGUUUUGGCAGUCGAAGCAGGAAAGUAAAAGAGCAAUACCAGGACAUGCCGAUGCCCGAGGAGAAGAGCAACCCCAAGGGCGUGGAGUGGCUGUGGCACUCCAUCGUGAUACGGAUGUAUUUGUCCUUGAUCGCUAAGAGUGUCCGAAACUACACUCAGGAAGCAUCUCUGGGGGCUCUCCAGAAUCUCACAGCGGGAAGCGGGCCAAUGCCGACGUCAGUAGCUCAAACGGUUGUGCAGAAGGAAAACGGCCUUCAGCACACCCGGAAGAUGUUACUUAUCGGCGAUCCGAGUGUGAAAAAGACCGCGGUCUCCCUGCUGAGAAAUUUGUCUCGGAAUCUUUCUCUGCAGAACGAAAUUGCCAAAGAAACUCUACCGGAUUUGGUUUCCAUAAUUCCAGACACAGUCCCGAGUACCGACCUUCUCAUUGAGACUACAGCCUCUGCCUGUUACACGCUGAACAAUAUAAUCCAAAAUAGCUACCAGAAUGCGAGGGAUCUUGUCAACACAGGGGGCCUGCCGAGGAUCAUGACCAUCAGCGCAGGCGACGGCUAUGCCUCCAGCAAAGCAAGUAAAGCUGCCUCAGUCCUCCUGUAUUCUCUGUGGACGCACACGGAGCUCCACAAUGCCUACAAGAAGGCUCAGUUCAAGAAGACAGAUUUUGUCAACAGCAGGACGGCCAAAGCUUACCACUCCCUGAAAGACUGAGGCAGGCAUGGAAGGCCCCCCGGAGACAUCCACCCACCUCACCAGUAUCCGCCACAAAAAUGCCCCAAAGGAAAAACACCUAUUUUUCUACUUUCCAGCCCAAAAAACUCCAAAAAAUCAUGCCUGGUUUCUAUCCUUUUCUAGUUUCCUGGUCCCCAGAAUCCAGAAAACAAAUAAUCAGAAUAUAAUUUUACUAAUCGUCCAGAAGACUUUGCAAGUUUGCCACCAGUAGAUCCUAACAACAGACUCAAUUUUAUCCUCUACAAAUAGUGGUCUUUCGAUCAGAGCCAUCAGUGCAGGGCUUCCGGGAACCGAAAUGUGAAUUCCUGUGCAGUGGACAUGCACAGCAUAAAUAAGGAAAGAAGCUGUUGCAGUACUGGGGUUUUAAACAUUUGAUUUACAGUUAUAUUCCUUUUCUGGCUUCCGUGUUUGGUCACUCACAGGCAUAUUGCUUCACCAUUGAGCCACAAGGACAUUGUUCUGCAGGGUUAAAACAGAAUGGAAACCACGAGAAAUAUUUGCAGAGCUAUCCAAGGGAAAACUUAAUGGCAAACAUAUGUUUGUUUACUUUGUGCUAAUUUUUAUCCUUUGAAUUUUUUUUUUCUGAUGUUAAAUAAACUUAAGAAAUUUAGACCGCAGAGCACGCAUGACGACAAGAAAGAGAAAGUGACUGUAGCAAAUUUAAAAAUCUUUUCCACAGAGAAAGGCAACUAUGGUUACAAAACUCGGUGUUCCGGCAAGGAAAUACUUUACCUGCAACACCGCCAUUAAAUGCAAAUCUCUUGUGAAUGGUAGCAUUCAGUGUAAUGUAUUUCCUGGACUCUCUCAGCCACUGCAUAGGUUGAUGGGAGAAUGGACUCUAGUUAGCUACAGAAGGAACCAAGACGGCUCACACUGCCAGGCCAGCCCAGGGCAAUGAAAAGACAGUUCAUUUUAAUAGAGUAUAUUACUGACUAGCCCAGCUUUGCCCAGCAUUAAAAAAAUGGAGCCACUAAAUCUCAUGUGAUCUUCCUAAAGCCAGUUUCUGUAAGUCAAGGAAACUCGAGAGAAGAAAAAUGAAGGUUUUUGAAGAAAAAUGUGUCUAGGCCACCCAGAGAGAAUAGGAGAAACCCUAAUGUUUAAAAACUGACACCAUCUAUUGAAGCACAACUGUAUUAGUUUUAACUGAGCUGUGUUUAAUACCAUUCAUAUAGAAUUAGUUCUUCUCAACUACAAUUCUAUUUUGCUUAAAAAAAAUUCUGCCAAUGUUUGUUAUAAGAAAAUAGGAAGGGAAAAAAAUCCUUCAGUUCCCUUGGCCAGAAAAGUAUAAUAAUAGAAAAUAAAUUCUCAUUUUCAAUUUUAAUGUGUAGUUAGGUCUUUGUUAUGUUUAGAACUUGAAAUUUUUUUCAAUUUAAGAGCUCAGUGAAGAAGACAGGUUACUAACCUAGUUCAAAAUGAAAUUAUUAGAUACCAAUUUUUAAAAUACUAAAGAAAGAAAUACCUCUUUUUCCAGAGUUUGGAGUAUAUUUAUUCUUCCAGAUGAAUGAUGUAUGUUCAAGAAGUUUCUGUGUUUUUUAAGGCAUUAGGAGGGCUUGGAAUAAUAAACACAAAAUGGGACAAAUAUAA